CAUACCUCCACCACUGACUCGCCACCCUCUCUCUCACUCUCUCUCUCUCUCAACCCUUUUUAAAUUCUUAGAUCUCCUCUCUUUCUCCGAUACCACCACUCCAGUGGCUAUGGCUUCGACACCUCCAUUCUUGCUCUGCUCCCUUCUCUUCUCUGCCACCCUGUUCUAUUUCCAACUCCUGCCUCUCUCCGCCUCCUCCCAAUCCGACCAACUCAUCCUCCUCCCUCUCACGCACUCUCUUACCCAUUCCGAUUCCCCCAACGCUACCAUCCACCACCUCCUCAAAACCUCUUCGCUCCGCUCAGCCGCCCGCCACCGCCGUCACCGCCACCAGCAGCGUGCCCGGGAGGUCUCCCUUCCCCUCUCUUCUGGCAGCGACUACACCCUCUCCCUCUCCGUGGGACCCCCCGAUUCCCCUACCACCGUCCAGCUCUACAUGGACACCGGCAGUGACCUUGUCUGGUUCCCCUGCUCCCCUUUCGAGUGCAUCCUCUGCGAAGGAAAAGAAAUCCCCUCCACCUCCCCCUCCCCUCCGCCCUCGCCGCCCGCCGGCUCUCAUCUAGUCUCAUGCCGCUCCGCCGCCUGCGCCGCCGCCCACUCGGCCGUCGCCGCCUCGUCCUCCUCCUCGUCGGACCUAUGCGCUAUCGCCGGCUGCCCCCUCGAAGUUAUCGAGACGGACGACUCCUGCGCCGCCCACCCAUGCCCCCGCUUCUACUACGCCUACGGCGACGGUAGCCUUGUCGCCCGCCUCCGCCGUGGGUCCCUCUCCGUCCGGGCCCCUCCGCCUCCCGGGCUNNCCGGCUUCGGCCGCGCGGGCCCCCUUUCUCUCCCCUCCCAACUCGCCGCCCUCUCCCCCUCCCUCGCCGCCCGCUUCUCCUACUGUCUCGUCUCCCACUCCUUUCGCCCCGACCGCCUCCUCCGCCCCAGCCCCCUCAUCCUCGGCCGCUCCCUUCCCACCGCCGGUCCAUCCGAACCGGACUCCCCGUUCGUCUACACUCCCCUCCUCCCCAACCCCAAGCACCCCUACUUCUACUCCGUCGCCCUCCUCGCCCUCUCCGUCGGCCCGACUCGCAUCCCGGCCAGUUCCAUUUUGUCCACCAUCGAUCGGAACGGCAACGGUGGGAUGGUGGUUGAUUCCGGCACCACCUUCACCAUGCUCCCGGCCGAGACCCACUCCAGUCUAGCAGCCGAGUUCGACCGGCAGAUGGUGCGAGCCGGAUUCGACCGGACGGUCCGGGCGGAGUCCGAGACCGGGCUACGACCGUGCUAUAAUUGGGGGUCGGACCGGAACGCGAGCCGGAGGGUACCAGGGCUGGCUCUCCACUUCUCGGGGGACGCGAGCGUUGCGCUGCCCCGCAGGAACUACUUCAUGGGGUUCGUGAGCGGAGGGAAAAGGGUGGGGUGUCUGAUGGUGAUGAGCGGUGGUGAUGGAGAAGGGGAGGAGGACUACGGGGGACCCGCGGGUACACUUGGGAACUUCCAGCAGCAGGGGUUCGAGGUGGUCUACGAUCUGGAAGGCAAGCGGGUGGGGUUCGCCCGGCGGCAGUGCGCCGCCCUCUGGGACUCGCUGUCACGUGGGUGAGUCCAGGAAGUCACGUUCAUCGCACGUGUGGGGGAGUUGACUACGGUGGAUCGGUGCGCACGUGCGGCGUUCGAAGAUGGUAUGCUUUUUGCCCUCCUGCUUCUAGUGGGCUUUGGUGGUAUGGGCUUAGGUGGCGAGGUGUACGCAUACGUGUUCCACGAGGGAUUGUAUGUAAAUUAUGAGGACGGAUGGGUUCAUGUUGUAAAGGGUGUUGAUAUGGUCUGAAAUAAUGGGGACAGGGGCAUCCUGGGAAGGUGUACAUUAGUGGAUAUCAUAGGGAACAUAAAUUGUACAGCUGUGCACUAUAUUUUCUUCAACUUAAAAUGUUAAAUACUCUGAAAUAAUGUUUUAUUUUUUUAUUUAAAAAAUAGAUGCACCACAUAUGUUUCUAUAUAGAAUUGAUGGAAGGACUAUCUAUAUCAGAUCGAUGUAUCAUGGAGUUCCAAAAUAUAUAGAAAGGGUACAGU